AUGGCGUCGCAACCGCAGGAUCCCGCGAACCCGGACAAGAAGAAGAGGCCCAGCGCUCUGCGGUCAAUUCUGGCGGGCUCGACUGCUGGGGCCAUCGAGAUUGCCAUUACAUAUCCUGCGGAAUUCGCCAAGACCAGAUCGCAGCUGAAUAGGCGGUUGGCCGAGGGCCAGAAAUUGCCCUGGCCGCCGUUUGGAAAGCAAUGGUACGCAGGAUGCACCACGCUCAUCAUUGGCAACUCGGCCAAGGCUGGCAUCCGCUUCGUCGCAUUCGACCAGUACAAGAGGAUGCUUGCCGACGCUGAUGGAAAGCUGUCUGGCCCGCGAACCGUCCUCGCCGGCUUUGGAGCUGGUGUCACAGAAUCACUGCUGGCCGUGACGCCGACGGAGAGCAUCAAGACGACCCUCAUCGACGACAAAAAGUCCCCCAAACCCCGGAUGCGCGGGUUCCUGCAUGCCGUGCCCAUCAUUGCGCGCGAACGCGGCAUCCGCGGCUUCUUCCAGGGCUUCGUGCCGACGACGGCGCGCCAGGCGGCCAACAGCGCCACCCGCUUCGGCUCGUACACCUUUCUCAAGCAAAUGGCCGAGUCGUACACGGCGCCUGGGGAGAAGCUCGGCGCCGUGGGCACCUUUGCCAUGGGCGGGCUCGCCGGGCUGGUGACGGUGUUUGUCACGCAGCCCCUGGACACCAUCAAGACGCGGAUGCAGAGCAUCGAGGCUCGCCAGCAGUAUGGAAACACGUUCCGCUGUGCGACCAUGAUCUUCAAGCAGGAGGGCGUGUUGACCUUUUGGAGCGGUGCCUUGCCUCGGCUGGCGAGGUUGGUCUUGAGUGGCGGCAUUGUGUUUACCAUGUACGAGAAGAGUAUGGAGCUGUUCGACAGGCUGGAUCCGGAAAUGAAGUAUAUCUGA